AUGGGCAGCAAAUGUUCAUAGAAUUGCUAAGCAUCAGAAAGAAGUACAAUGAACAAAUAAGAUUCAUUUUAUGAGAAUAUUCAAAUUGUCAAACCUUAAAUAGAUAGUAUGAUUGGAGCAAGUUAAUUGACAUAAAUGGAAAUUCCUAAUGCUCAAUUAAGAUCACCUACUAAACCCCAUAUAUCUAAAUACAAUGAAAUUAAAUCUUUAGUUAGAGUUCCUUCAGAAGAAAGUUUAUUGUAAAAAGAAUUAUGUUUAAUCAAAGAAAACAAACAAUAAAACCAAUCUAAGUCUUAAAAAAUAAUCCAACCCAAAUAAUAGAUUAAUUUACAAUAUUAAAAAUUAAGAAAACAUUAAUAAAACUAAUAAUAAAGUCCUAAAUUCAUACAAUCUUCUACAAAAAAAAAGUAAUAAGAAAAGAGUCAUUCCCAUUCUCCUCUUUAAAAACAAUGUGCUACUUUAGAUAAACUAAAGAAAAAAAGAGAAUCUUUAAAUUAUAUAAAUAGACAGAAAGACAAAAUAACACCAAAAAGAAAAUAUUCAGAUUUACCUGAGAAAAAAGAUAAUGUUUAGUAAGUUAGAAGAAAAAUAAGUGAUAUAUGUGAUGAUCAUGCUUACAUAAUAGGUUUAGAGAGUCCUACUAAAUUUAGAUCAUUAACUCCAAAUUCCAUUUUAAAAAGAAAAGAAUCAGAAAUUGACACUAAUUCUCCUCAAAAAAAGUAAGUAAGAUUCAAAGAUUAAAGAGUAAAAAAUUUAAUUUGUACCUGA